AUGCGGAAACGACAUCCGCGGGAAAGUCGAGUAAGAACCGAGGAAGAAUACCGAGACGUCCAAGGGAUGUUCGGAGAAUGUCCGGGAAAAGAUCAAGAUGACCGAAGAGAAUCAAGAAGGUUGGGGAUGGUCGAGAAAAUUGUCCGAGGAGUCGAGAAAAUUGACCGAGAAGCCGAGAAAAGUAGUCCGGGGAAUACCGGAAGUCUGAGAGACCAAGAAAAGAGUGUCCGAGAACUAUCGGGAGAACCGAUACGGUCCGGGAAAUGUCGAGAGGAACGUCCGGGUGAGACCGAAGAAUGCCGAGAGAUGGGUUAUGUCGAGAAACGUCGACCGAGAGACGGUCGAGAGAGACCGAGAGAGUUUGUCGAGAAAGACCGAGAGAGAUUGUCGAAAGACAGAUCGAGAGAGAUCGAGAGGGAGAUCGUCGACGCUACGUCAAAAGAAGACCGAGAAAAGAAGGAGUUUUCUGUCGAAGACUUCAUCGACAACGAACCGGUGUUAGUGUCGAAGAGAUCAUCGAGAAAAUACGGUGAUUGUGUCGAAGAAGAAAGACCCAGAGGAGAAGCGGUUGUGUCGAGAAAGAAAAACCAAGAGACGAGACGCGGUUUUGAUCGAGUGAAGCCGAGAAACAAAGUUGGUUGCGGAACGAAGCGGUCGAAGAAGCGGGGAGCUGUCGACGCGAAAACUGUCUGA